AUGAGGGAGCGUCUUCUGCCUACAGCGGUGAUUGUGGGAGCGCUGUUGGAGUACGAGCCAAUCGCCAACCUGAGUUGCCAAGCCUUCUCUAUUGGUGGCCAGCAGCACCUCAAGUUCACACGGCAGGGCACCUGGCAGAGUCGCCGUCCUCACCAUCAACGGCUCAUGAAAACCCUCGAGGAGCUGCAUGACCUCUUAACGGGUAAGUGA